AUGAUACCGGCAUUGAAGUCCAGCAUCAUUUGGCGAAGUUUCCUGGUGUGCCUUCUAUCCAGACCAUCGCAAUCUUUCAUCUCCACCAAGUUGCUUCCAAGCGAAAGGCUCAAAUAUUUCCACAAUAUUCAAAAACGCCUACAGAUCUCAUGCACACGUGCAAAUAGUGAAUCUUCCAACAUCAAACUCCCUAAUACAUAUCGAGCACUUUGGGCAGACAAAGCAGGAAGCAGCUUUCGCGAGGUGGUGGUGUUGAGGGAGAAAGAGUUUCCUCAAAUAAGUUCAGAUGAGGUUUUGAUUGAAGUCAAGUACGCAGGUGUGAAUGGAGGAUGCGAGACAUUCAGAGCUCGAGGAGAACAUUGGUUUGCUAGGAACAGAGAGUCCGCUGUUGGAUUUCCCCUCGGUGCGGAAGGAGUUGGCAAGGUAGUUCAGAAAGGCAAGGACGUGGCGGAAGUGGAGGUCGGCGACUCAGUUGCGUUCGUCGGAGGAGCAUUCUCAGAGUAUGUUGUGCACAAGAGCGAAUCUGUGGUGAAGGUGGUUCCAGCAGCCAAUCCGGAAGCUGUAGCUUGCAGGAUAUCAGGCCUCACUGCUUACGGGGCUGUUUUGGAUGCUGGAAGAGCUGCACCACGCCAGACUAUACUGAUAACCGCAGCUGCCGGUGCCGCAGGGUCGUUUGCUGUGCAAUUUGCGAAGCAAGCAGGAUGCAAUGUGAUCGGAACCUGCAGCUCAAAAGAGAAAGCGCAGGUGUUGUGCAAGCUAGGAUGUGAUCAUAUCAUCAAUUACAAGACGAGGAAUUUGGAUGAGUUUCUUCGGUCGAAGUUUCCCGAAGGAGUGGAUCUUGUUAUCGAGCAUGUUGGAGGACAAAUGUUUCGCACUGCCUUCUCUCAUCUUAAACCCGGAGGACGACUAGUUUUGGUCGGUUACAUCAGUGAGGUUUGUGUUUCUUUAACUGUUUUUUUCUCAUAUCGUAACUACUUUUUUCAUCACACGAAUCAGUCUUGUCUUGCAGGCAAAAGGUAUUGGGAAUUCAAAAGAUACAUUUUUCAUCAAAAUUGUCUGUUUUUGCAGGUAUUCGAGCAACUCGGCGCGGAUUCUCUCAAGGUGCUAGUUGACUCAAAGCAUUUUGAGGGGCUUGAAAACAUUGCCGAUGCUGUUGAUCACAUGCUGAGUGGAAAAACUGUUGGUAAAGUUGUUGUGAAAAUUUCGUGAGAAGUUUUCAAAUGCUAGAAUUGUUUGUAUUGCAGGUCCACACGUAAACUUUGGUUCUGUACUCAUUUCAGUUUCGCUCUUUCACGACUUUGCUACUGUGCACAUUCUGAUCAUGAAUUUUCCCCAAGUUUCUUUUUCUCUGCCAUCUGUUUCCGUUGAGACAUACCUCUUGCCCUUGACUGUAUUUUCACUGCUGCAACGUUCUGUCGUGCCAGAUCGAAUUCCUCGGGCAAGUGCUGAGCUUCCUCGAUUUUGCUAGAAUCUGUAUUUGGAUCCGCCUCUGAU